AUGUCCGCUAGACAGUUACGCCGUCUGCAGAAUCUCGUUAAAGCUUCAACUGGGGCUGAUGCGGACGACGACACGGCGGAGUUUCCUUCAACGAUGCAGUUGCCCAAGAACGGAGGAAGGUCAAAGGGACAACGACGGAAGAUGAACCAAGAAGUACUGGAACAAAAACAAGAAAAAAAACACCAACAGGAAGGAGAUGAAAAGGAGAAGAAACAACAAGAACAUCACGAAGAACAACCGGUAAUUACAAAGACUCCAAAAUAUGAGGUCCGUGCGGAGAGAACCCCUGACGUUGAGCACAGUAGUGUGCAACACCCCACGUCUAGCACGAAGGAAUGCAGCCUUACAGAGCCCAAGGCGGUGGGAGGGACUUCCACCUCCACAACUCCCGCUGCUGCUGGACGGAGGCGGGGGCAGAGGAGCCGGCGGCGGGGCCGGGCGGCGGAGGAGGAGGCAGAGGAGGAACGACUGCUGGCCGCCGUGCUGCGCCAGCGGGAGUUGGAGGCGGGCCGCAGCGGUCAAGACAACUCCACACUGACAGCAGACAGACACGGGGACGAAGCCGUAGGGGAAACCGCAGACCUCCUCACACUCCUCUCGGUGUGUAAUCCAAAGAUGCUUGAUUCACGACUGGAGCGUAUCCGUCGCUUUGGACGGGAAGCCGUAGAAGACAUUGGCGAUGGAAGAGUUCCCCAACGGCGUCCAGAGAACAGACCAUCAUCGCUUUUCUAUACAGAAAAUAUGAUCCCUACAGUUCGAUUUCGUCACAGUAUCCUAGCUACACCAAAUCGCUAUUCAUGGCCACCAUAUGAUGGUCUAGGGGCUGUACUUGUAGUGAAGGAGAAAAAGCAGCGUAAAACCAGUAAAAACGAUUUAUCAGGUAAAAAUGGGAGUGAAACUUGUAGUGGUGGUAGUAGUAGUAGUAAUGGUAACAAUGGAUCGGUUGUCUAUUAUUUAGAUACUUCUAAUCCAGAUAUGCAUCGUGCAGAUGCAGCACUUGCCAUGUGUGAAUUUAAUAAUCGGGGUAUAGAAGGUUUAUUGGAAUGUUUAUCUGUUUCACCCUAUCAUGUUCCAACACUUAUUCUUACAAGUAAUGUAUUUGAAAUGAUGGGUAAUGUUCCAAAAGCCCAAGAUGCCAUUGAUAUUGCACUUUACCACGUUGGUGUACUGUUUUCACGUUUUCCAUUGCAACAAACGGUACGUCAGCGAUGUCUACCUUUUGCUAUUACAUCUAACAAACAAGUUUUUCAGAUUCUUCGAUGUGGAGUACAUCAAUCACUUAAGAAAGCUGCUACUCAAACGGCAUGGGAGAUUGCCAAAUUACUUUAUUCUCUUGAUGAUACAGACCCGUUUGGAAUGUUGUUACUACUGGAUUACCUUGCACUUCGAAGAAAAGGAUGGGGAUGGUUAUUGCAGGUAUAUUUUAUUAUAAUGCAUGAACUCCAAAAGAAUACUACAGGGGAUUCAAAUGAAAUGACAGAUUCUUUGUCUAACCACAGUUUGGCAUUAUCACUUUCAACUUUACCUGGUUUUUUCUUUAGUGCUGCCUUGGCCAAGUAUUUUCUAGAACGGGAGCAGACAAAUGUUACCGGUACUACUGGGGAAGGGAAAAAAGGUAAAGUACCCAAAGUAAUACGUGAUAUGACACCCGAACAGCUUCAUGCCUUUCAUAAUACUCCAUCCGCGAUGGAAAUGUUAGCAGAUGCCAUUGGAAGAUUUCCUUCUGCAUCUGUACUUCUCGUUGAGAAGCUUGGAAGUUCUAGUAUACCUUCUUUAUCAGAGGCCUGGCAAGAAAUUGUAAAGGCGAAUGAAGCAAUUAGUAGUGGUGAUGAAUCCUAUUUGCAUGUGAUACAACUCUGGGUAGCAAGAAAUGUGGAAAUGUGGAAAGCUGCUGAACCUGCUGCCUUCUUACGACGUGUUAUUACAGAAGAUAAUGGGGUUUGGCUAAAAACUCAUAGUUUUCCUGCUUCUACUAUUGCUGUUGCUGCUUCUAAAUCAGAUCACUCUUCUCAUUUAACACCAUGGCAGCAUUUAUUGCUUAAAGAAGAGGAUGUAAUGGGGCAAACAGUAUCAGCAAUUCCGGCGCAUUUGCUUAAUUCUGAAGAAUAUACAGAAGAGGACAUGCGUGAUGAAAUGCGGCGAAUGGUACCAGAAGCAAUUGCUUCAGAUGAUCACGACACACUUUUGCGCUUUGAGGCUCUUUACGGUCCACUUGAACCCCCAACAUUAUCACCAUCAGAGCGACUAGCACGCUAUGAUGAAAUGUUCACAACAGAUCAGCAGAAUCAGCGGUUCCAAGAGCCACGUGUCGGAUUAUGGUUUGUAUUGCGUAGAUUCCUACCAUCGAAUAUUGUGCGGGACAUGCAGCUGAGAAGUGCGCUGCAGGAGAAUGGAGUGCCUGACCCUGUUGUUCAGCAAGAUCAUUGGGGAACAGACGAAGAAGAAGGUGAUGAGGAUUCUUUUUCAACAGAGGGUAGUUGGUUUACUGAUGAAACCAUUGUGACCGAUGAAGAUGAUGAUGAAGAAGAAGAAGAAAAUAUUUGA